AUUACAGAUUGCGCAGCAGAACUAGUAUCUUCAGCCUGUCUUGCAUGUAAAGGCGAUUUGAGUGUGACCGUGAUGCGUUCAUGUUCCAGCUGCGGAUUGCGGCGCACGCGUUUACUCCACUCGCAGCAUGUGCCGGGCAUCUCCGAACAUGUGCUCUGCCCAGCCACGGUGUUUUGCUGCGUUUGUAAGAAAAAUGGUGCUGUAACCCGCGGUGUCAUCUUUUACAAUUCUACUACAUUGUUUAUAUUCCCGCUAUACUGGUGCGCAGAUCGGUGUCUGAAAUGCUGCCUGCAUUUAAUCCUGCAUUCGGAUGACAUGCUAGUUAUGUAUGAUGGCUUCCAAAGGUUUGCUUGUUAAUAUUUUAUUCCAUUUUUAUUCCGUGGGAUCACCGGUCUGUUUGUGAACGCAUGUCGACAGAUGUGGUUUCGCAAUAAUAACGGGUGAGUCGGCGUAGUGUCAUAGUGGUCUGCUCUGUCACUUGACAAAAAUAAUGGUCCACAUCCGACAGACGUUCAGGACGCUCUCGCAGUGGUGUGCGUGGGUGGGUUGCCUCCCACUCCACCAAAACAUGCAGGUUAAUUGGCUGGUUAAAUUGGCCGCAGGUGUGGGCACUGCUGCGGAUGUUUGCGUGUGUGGCGCUCCUGCGAUUGAGGGAACCAUGACUGCGUGUUUUCCCCCUGUUUCGGUGGAUGUAGCGUGGACGGCGGGGCCACUAUCCCCGUGUGUUUGUGAGUACCGGCGGCAGGGUGGCCCCUGGAUUGUGCGCGCUUCUUCUCGGCCCUUCGCUGACCACCUGCAUCAAAUUAAGGAGUCAGCAGGAUGACCAGUGAGCUGCUCGCUGAUUGGCUGACGUCGUCAUUAGUUUAUUUAGGGUGGCGGCGUUACCGACACCGCCCCCAAUUCUUCCGCUCCCGAACUGCUAACCAAAAGUUUGUCCGUGCACCUUUCACUUCAAUAAAUAACCGCGGCGUCGAAUCAACAUCUCGAGACGGCAGCUCCAAACUAUCAUGGCAGUCAGACUGUGCGAUGUGGCUUCUCUUCUUAGAAGUGGUUCGUGGGCACCUGAGCCUUGGACUGGGCAGGUAAUUGCUGCAAUGGAAACACAGCUGUCCAACGGGCCUACAUGCAACAACACGAGCAACGGCCCAUCAACCAUCUCAAACAACUGCUCUUCUCCUGUAGAGUCUGGCAGUAUAGAAGACAGUAAAACUAACUUGAUAGUCAACUAUCUGCCUCAGAACAUGACCCAAGAGGAACUGAAGAGUUUGUUUGGGAGUAUUGGCGAAAUUGAGUCCUGUAAAUUAGUUCGGGACAAAAUAACAGGUCAAAGCCUGGGCUAUGGAUUUGUGAACUACGUGGAUCCAAAGGAUGCUGAAAAAGCCAUCAAUACUUUGAAUGGCUUGAGACUUCAAACUAAAACCAUUAAGGUCUCCUAUGCGCGACCAAGCUCCGCCUCCAUCAGAGAUGCAAAUUUAUACGUCAGUGGUUUGCCAAAAACAAUGACUCAGAAAGAACUGGAACAACUCUUCUCUCAGUACGGACGCAUAAUUACCUCACGUAUUUUGGUGGAUCAGGUGACUGGUGUCUCCAGAGGGGUUGGUUUUAUUCGUUUUGACCGGCGAGUGGAAGCUGAAGAAGCCAUCAAGGGUCUGAACUGUCAGAAGCCACCUGGAGCCACAGAACCAAUAACAGUCAAGUUUGCAAACAACCCAAGCCAGAAGACCAGCCAAGCACUGCUGUCACAGCUGUAUCAGUCACCCAAUCGAAGGUACCCAGGACCCCUCGCACAGCAGGCACAACGCUUCAGGUUGGACAAUCUGCUGAAUAUGGCUUAUGGUGUAAAAAGCAGGUUCUCCCCCAUGGCAAUAGAUGGUGUGACAAGUUUGGCUGGCAUCAACAUCCCAGGACAUGCAGGCACAGGAUGGUGCAUCUUUGUCUACAACCUUGCACCGGACGCAGACGAGAGCAUCCUGUGGCAGAUGUUUGGUCCGUUUGGUGCUGUCACAAACGUCAAGGUCAUUCGUGACUUCAACACAAAUAAGUGCAAAGGAUUUGGUUUUGUGACCAUGACUAACUAUGACGAGGCAGCAGUGGCCAUUGCCAGCUUGAAUGGAUACAGACUUGGAGACAGAGUACUGCAAGUCUCGUUCAAAACCAAUAAAACACACAAAGCCUAAACACCUGCUGAUUGUUUCUAGAAAAUGGCCGAAAAUAUAAACCUAGUUGAAGUGUAUCAAGUGCAUCUUUUUACAUUAGUAAACAACUUUGUUACUCGGUGUUCGAAAACAAACUCAUACCCGGUGUCUUUGUUUUUUUUCAUUUCCUCUCAUUGAAUUUAUAUGUGUUGAAAAUGCAGGUUGAAUGCCUGACCUCUUCUACGGUGGUCAUUAGAAGUGCACCAUCAAAGGUUAAUCUGCAUUAGUCCUUUGUUGCCCAUAUGCUUUGAAGUAGUAAGUCUAGUAAGUUAUGUGGUGUAAAGAAGUUUGAAGCUGUGUGUCCUUAUUUGCUGUUUGUGCUCUCUGCCUUCAGUGAUUAGCGGGUAUUUAGUUUGAACACUUACUGUACUUCUGUUCAUUUCUGUAUGUGCCUGUUACUGUGAAAUGAGUUGGUUAUUGGUUGGCUGCAUAAUGUUGAUUAUAGUAGACAUAUAAGACAAAAAAAAAACUUGUUAAAGCAGUACCUUGCCAAAGAGCUAAGAACCUCUUUGAUGUGGGUUUAAAAAGCAUCUAUUUUUAUAAAAAGAAAUUUGGAGAAACUUUUUACUGGACCUGGAACAAAAAAUAUUUUGACUUGGAUACUUUGAGAAAUAUCUUCAUAUGACACCCUGUGAGCUUUUGAACUUUACAAGAAAGUUUGCAGUGGUAGAAAUUUCUGCAGAGAUUUAUGAUGUGAAAGAUAGCUUUUGAGAUCUUUGUAUCAUCUUUAGAAUAUAGAAUCAAUAGCUGAGCUGAUUUCAUAGCAAAAUUAUCUGUGGUUCCGCUCCACUCCCCCAUCACCCAAGUUGCUGUACAGGUAGCACCUUGGUCCCCGUUUAGAUCUGGACAAAAAAUGGCUACGUUUACUCCCAACAGUGCAUGCAAACUCACAAAGGUAAAAUGCCUACUGGUGAAUGGGGGGAGGGAGAGGUGAAAAUCAGUUCUUCCUUAAGGAUUCCUGUCAGACUGAGCUGUGUUUUUUGAUGUAACUUCCAUAUUUGAGGCUGAAAACGUCUUAUUGGUCAGUAAAGUUUUCUACGUACUUUGUAUGAAUGGACGGCUGCUCAGCCAGCUGUGCCGAAGUGCAUCGGAGAAGUGGUGAGAAGAGUAGAGCGGAUAACUCGAAGCUUUGAGCUUUGUAUAUAAAGUACUUUUUUUGUUGAGUGUUUGGCGAAAUACUUUUUGUUCACUUUGAACUUCAUUGCAAAGUGUAUUUUGCGUUUGAUUUAAUGAAGUAUGCAAGAUUUCUUCUUUUGGAUAUGAACAGCUUUAGUUUUCAACAUUUUCUGUUGUCCUUGGACGAGCAUUAAAGUGCAUCAUAUUUGUUGGUUGUUGGUCUGUAGAUAGUCUUGCUUCGUAAAAAAAAAAAAAAGUAUUCAACUAUAGACUUUUUUAUAUAUACACAUUAUAGAUAUAUAUAUUUAUGUGGUAUCAAAUAAAUAUAAGCCACAGUUUUGAACUCUUUAAUUUUACUUUGAUACUCAUUUAUAUAUACAUAUAAAAAUACACGUAAUGCAUAUAUCCUGUCUCUGAAAUAGUUCAAAGUGUAUAUUGCUUCAUUCACUUUUGGGAAGAGCUGUGAACAAGUAAAUUGACAGCAAAUUGGUUUUGACAAAUAUCAUCUGGAACAAAUGGAGGCUGCUGGGGCCUCACAUGCAGCGAGCACUCACCUGCAUCCUGCUUGUGACUCAAACCAAUGACUUGUCAUGCUUCCCCUUACGAGCAGUGUGCUAUGCAUUCUAGAAUCCUCUUUCAAAUGCUGUUCUUGUUUAUCUGAUCAUUAUUUGUGUUUCUUGUAAAGGUUACAUUUUUGUCUAGCUGAGUUGUGAUAACUUGCUGCUGUGGAAGAGGGGACAUCUCUUGCAUGCCAGACCACGAGCUUUAGAUUCAAACUUUAAAGUAGACAAUUCGGUCUGUAGGAUUUGCCGUGAUGGUCUGGCAUGCAAAAGGUUUCCUCUCCCCGUCCUUUUUGUUGGAUUCAUUGUGAGAAUGAUAAUUUAAAGAUGUAAAGUCUGACUUGGUUCUCAGCCUUUUUGAAGAAGAAUGUUUUUGUUGCGUAUUUAAUAGGAUGUACAUGAUCUUUAUUUGUGUUGGGAUACUUUGGAUAUAUAUUUUUUUUCUUGUUAAGUACAUCAAUAAAUAAGUUUGAAGGGCAAAACAGAAUGGAUCAGGUCUUUUUCCUGAGACGUGUGGCUGAAGUGAGGAGCCUUGUUGCAUUGGCAAGUGACUCAUCACAAAAUACUUUAGUGAUUACCUAUGGGCAUGUUAGUCUCACAGGAAAAACAUAUACACAUGCAGUAAUUUCCUUUGUCCGUUUUUAGUUCAGAAUUUAUAGAACACCACCACAAUCACCAAGUUAUGUAUUUGCCACAAAUUGAAUUCACGUACAGGUGCAUCUUCUUUCCACUUUCAUUUCAAACAUUUUUUUGGAUAGAAAAUGCGUUUGGAGGCAAUUGAUGAUACUAUUUACUCAGUUUUUUUUUUUGUUUGAAUGGUGAAAAGGUGUUGUCUUGAUUGGUUGAAACGAAGACCUGCACCCACUGUGGCCCUUUGUGAAACGGUUUGUCCACCCCUGGUCUAAAGGUUCAGGUGGGACUCAAGCUCAGUACCUUGAUGGAAAAAUGAAGAGCUCUAUAGUUUCAUGGUGGAACCUGCAAAUGUUUCAAUUUCAUGUGUUACUUUCUGAAAUGAGUAGUGACAUCACUAAACUAAGCCUUAAGUUGAUGGGACAGCUUUGUUAUUACGCCAGUGGAAAUGGAUUUCCAUCCACAUUUGGCUGGGACGAACAUGUUACACAACCCUCGUCAUUAUUCAGCUUCCCUGAAGGGCCUGUAUGCUUUAAUUCAGUGUACUGUAUUUAAACACGGAGAGGAGAGAUCUAUUUCCCAGACACCUCCGAGGAUAAUUGCGCCGGAGUUCAGGUGCUGGCUCCAUCGUUCUGUAACAAAGCAGCACAAAGAAACAGCUUUGAUGGAGUAUUGAUUUUCUGUCUUUUUUUUUGGUCUUUCUCCCCCAUUUCUCAAGCUCCACUUGAGGCUGACAGCUG